UCCAACAAAGCAUCCUAACACUCGAACAUCUCCAAAAGAUUAGUUUCGGUACAAUGGUAAUGUCCGAUAAUAGUCCGUUCUCCAUGUCGACCAUGUUCAAUGCUUUACAACAAAUCCACCUCUCAAAUACGCGCUUAAAAAGGCUCUUUAACCUAAUGACUAGUUGUGAAGGCGUGGGACAGUUUAAGGAUCUGAUCUCAACGUUUGACCAAAGUCAGCUUCAGAAGAUGGCGUCGUUGCUGACGUCAGACUCCGAGUACUUCAUGGAGGUCGUCAGAAACAAGUACGGGUCAAGACGCGUGCAGAAGCUCCUCGGAGUAUCAGUUGACGUGGACGCGUUAUUCUACGAUGCUAUCUUGCAACGCUUCUUCGACAUCAUGACCGACAAGUACGCAUCCUACGUGGCGAUUCGAGCUGUGGUCGUUUUCGACCAGGUGAAGAAACAUGUGAUGUACAAGCACGUUCUCCACUACGCGCUCGACAUAGCGCGUUACCAAUACGGCUGCGUCGCGCUCAACGAGGUUAUAAUCGACGCGGAUGAUCCUUUAUACAGGAACCGGUUACUAGACGUAGUCGCGCGCAACGCUCUCUUCCUAAGCAACGAUCUUUGGGGGAACUUUGUUGUCCAACACGUGCUUAAACUGUAUGACUUGCGUUGCACGCACAACGUGGCGGUUAGUCUUCGUGGCCACUGCGUUGAUCUGUCGUUUAAGAAGUAUGGAAGCUACAUCGUGGAGAAGCUCUUGGAGGCUGAGGUGUCGAUGGGUAUGGUGGUUGUGGAGCUUUUGAAGUGCGAUGGAGAUAGGUUGAUGAGGCUGGCGAGGAGUGAGAUUGGGAAUUUCGUGGUGCUCAAGGCACUGGAAGUCACGCAAAAGAUGAAUAGGGUUGAUUUGUUUUGGGAUCUGGUGCAGAAGCUGAUGCCUCUUCGCCACCUUUUGCUUAGGUCUCACGGAAGCAACAUUGCAAACAUCUUGGAGUCAUGUUCCAUAGCUAAUAGGUGUUCAAAUUAAAAGUUUUCGAUUGUGUUAUGGUUGAUUAUAGAAUUCUGGUUUAAAGUAGAUUGUGAUUUUUUGUGCAAGGAUCCUGAUUUAAUUCAAAAAAAUAGAUUUUUCUCAGUAAAAUAAUUGAAAUAAAAAAAGUGAUGGAAGACAACGAUUGCAUGCAGUAAUUCAACAUUAUACAAUUUUCAGAAGUAUUCAUGAUAAAUUUGUGUUAACAAAAAAAAAAGUUUCAUGAUAAAUUUGUAGGACAGACGGGCAUAAAUAUAGUUCAACUGUUCAACAGUAAUAUUUCGAUUUCUUUUCUCUUUUUAUAUAUGUUUUUGCUAUAACAAUAUGAUUUUGUAUAAAAUUAUGUUU